AGGGAUAUGUAAGCGUAACCUCGAAAAACACGUACGAUUACAGCACGGAGGAUUCCACCCUAGAUUAUAAGUUGGUUCAAGGUUAAUGGUAAAACAUGAUUUCGGUAUACAUACGAGUUAUCAGCGCCAUUGCGAGCUACAGUUCAUUAUUUACAUGAGUGUGUUACGACUAAGAUGCGAAUAACUAACAACCGCGAGAGGAGAUUUUUUAAAGAAGUUCGAUCGAGACUCUGUUAAAGGGCCUUAAGCAGUUUAUUCGGUAAAGUGUUGUUGAAGCGAUGUAAAUUCAAAGAUGCGCAAAGACAAACCCGUGAGAUUGUCACCUGUCCGUUGUCAUUUCUGAUAAUCGCUAUGGGAUGUGCCAACUCAUCUGCUAUCAGUUAGACGCUAUCAGUUCUCAUAUGGCAGUAUGUGUUUCUCGGGAAACUGUUCGUAAUUUACGAUGAUAUAGAUUUUCACGAUAACGUUGCGGAAAAGGGAAUUUCGAUACACGAUGGCGAGCACAGCUGUCGGAGCUAACCCGGAGAAUACCUCCAAAUUUUUGGAAUCGCUGCAGACUGACUUGAAGGUUCUUGCCUCCGAGACGAAGAAGAAGUAUCCACAAAUCAAGGAGUCGUGCGAAGAGGGGAUUGCAAAAAUAAGGACAGCAUCGAACACUUCAGGCGCUCCAGUUUAUUAUAUUGUUAAUCAAAUUUUAUACCCUUUGGUCCAAGGUUGUGAGAGCAAAGAUGUAAAAAUUAUUAAGUUUUGUUUAACUAUGAUGCAAAAAUUAAUUACGCAGCAAGCUGUUGAUCAAAAAGGCGCGCGUUACAUCACGGAUACAUUAUGGAUGCUAAUGGAGUCUGGAACAGAAGAAGUUAAAGUUUUACAAACUGUAACUCUUUUAUUAACUAGCAACACUGUUGUUCACGGAGAAACACUUGCAAGAAAUUUAGUUCUUUGUUUUCGCUUACAUUUUACAAAAGAUUCUACAACGAUUAACACGGCAGGAGCGACGGUGAGACAAUUAGUGUCACUAGUAUUUGAGCGUGUUGUAGCAGAAGAUGAACAAAGUCCUGAUAAUGAAGAUUCAGAUGACAUAAAUUUGGAAGAAUUGAAAAUUCCUACCAAUCAAGCACCUAAGAGUUUAGGACCUUGUGCUGCUGAUGCGUAUUUAAUGUUUCAAGACUUAGUACAAUUAGUAAAUGCAGAUCAACCUUAUUGGUUAAUUGGAAUUACGGAAAUGACUCGAACAUUUGGAUUGGAAUUGCUAGAAUCUGUUUUAACAAACUUCUCAUCAGUAUUUUUCAAGCAUCCGGAAUUUAGCUUUCUAUUAAAGGAAAGAGUGUGCGCCCUUGUAAUAAAAUUAUUUUCCCCCAAUAUUAAAUAUCGCAACUCGGUACCGGCGUCAUUGCAACAAGCUACACCUUUAGAUAAACCUUAUUUUCCUAUUAGCAUGCGGCUUCUUCGAGUUGUUUCUAUUUUAAUACAAAAAUAUCAUUCCCUUCUGGUGACAGAAUGUGAAAUAUUUUUAUCCUUAAUUGUUAAAUUUUUGGAUCCUGAUAAACCAACAUGGCAAAGAGCCUUGGCUUUGGAGGUUUUGCAUAAAAUGACAGUACAGUCUGAUCUUCUUACAAAUUUCUGUGAAUGUUAUGACUUAAAACCUCAUGCAACCAAUAUUUUUCAAGAUAUUGUCAAUAGUUUAGGUGCUUAUGUACAUAGCCUUUUUGUUAAUCCCCAAAUGAUGAACCAAACUAAUAUGACGACUAGUACAACGAUUCCACAAAAUACGGCUUCUCCAUUAUUUACGGGAAUGCCUAUAGGACCUGGUGUUUCACCUCAACCUGGUUUUUAUUCACGCGGCAUUUGGUUGCCGGUAGUUGCGACAUUCACAAGUGGCCAAGCUAAGUCAACCUAUCUGGACAUGCUUGAUAAGGUUGAGCCACCACAGAUUCCUAUUGGCUAUGGAAUAAGCAUAGCAUAUGCAUGUUUAUUAGACAUUAUACGGUCCAUAGCUCUCGCAAUCAAUGGUUCCAGUGAAGUUGUAACUGGAAAUCAAUCCUACAAACCUAGUGAAUUCGAACGAAAACUUCAUACGCAACUCAUUAAUUCUAGUUGGUGUGGUUUACUAGCAGCAUUAAGUCCUCUUAUAGAUGCAAGUACUGACGAAUCUGCGACGGAAAACGUAUUAAAAGCAAUCCAAACUUUUGCAUCACUGUGUGGACAAUUAGAAUUACAGACUCCUCGUGACGCAUUCAUCACUGCGAUAUGCAAAGCGUCAUUGCCUCCUCAUUAUGCAUUGACCGUGUUAUACAAUGCUCCUCAAGGUAUACCGACUGCAAGACAACAAGAAUCUACUCAGUACAAUGUGACUAUUGGUGAACCAGAUUAUAGACAGCAAGUUGUAGCUGUUGGUACUCCUCUACCCACUGCGUCUCUGCCAGUUGGUGCACAUCAAGGUCCAGUUAUGUUGACGGCAAAAAAUUUACAAUGUAUGCGUGCAUUAUUAUCACUUGCACAUUGCCAUGGAAGUAUACUUGGUGGUGCGUGGCAUUUGGUACUUACGACAUUGCAACAUCUUGUCUGGAUACUUGGUUUGAAGCCUUCUACUGGAGGAUCUUUGAAAGCAGGAAGAACCGCCGCUGAUCCAAAUGCAGUACUUACGAAUGCAGUUAUGGCAGAUUUGCCUGUACUUAGCGCUAUGCUCAGCAGACUAUUUGAAAGUAGUCAACAUCUCGACGAUGUUGCUUUACAUCAUUUGAUAGACGCACUUUGCAAAUUAAGCCACGAGGCUAUGGAAUUAGCUUAUUCUAAUAGAGAGCCCUCCCUAUUUGCUGUGGCUAAACUUUUGGAAACUGGUUUGGUAAACUUACCGCGUGUUGAGGUUUUAUGGAGACCAUUAACAAAUCAUUUGUUAGAAGUAUGCCAACAUCCACAUAUUCGUAUGAGAGAAUGGGGAGUUGAAGCUAUUACAUAUCUUGUAAAAAUGGCACUUCAGCACAAAUAUCCACAACCUCUGCGUGAUAAUCAAAAAUUGCAGACUUUACUUUUAGGACCAUUAUCAGAAUUGUCCUCAGUUCGUCAUGGAGAUGUAAGACAACGACAAUUAGAAUGUGUUUUACAAGUUUUACAUGGAGCAGGAGAAACACUAUAUCAUGGCUGGCCUUUGGUACUUGGUAUCAUUGGAGCAGUAUCUGAUCAUCAUGGAGAAGCUUUAGUUCGAAUAGCCUUUCAGUGUUUACAAUUGGUAGUAACCGAUUUUCUACCAGUGAUGCCUUGGCGUUGUCUUCCACUUUGUGUUGACACAGCUGCAAAAUUUGGUUCUCAGACGCAAGAAUUGAAUAUUUCAUUAACUGCUGUCGGAUUAAUGUGGAACAUAAGCGAUUACUUUUAUCAAAAUCAAGAGAAAUUAUGCAUAUCUCUGAAAGGAGAUUCGUCAUCUGUAUUUCCUGACUUUCCUGGUACAACAAAUAUGCCACCAUUUGACAAACUUUGGAUGUGUUUAUACGCAAGACUAGGCGACUUAUGCGUGGAUCCUCGACCCGCUGUACGCAAAUCAGCUAGUCAAACUCUGUUUUCUACAAUAUCUGCACACGGUAGUUUGCUACACCAGCCAACAUGGCAAGCUGUACUUUGGCAGGUUCUUUUUCCAUUGUUAGAUAGAGUAAGAAGUUUAUCUAAUUCUGCCAGUAGCGAAAAAGUAGAUACUAGUGGAAACAUACUUAUUCAUCACAGUAGAAAUACAGCACAGAAACAAUGGGCAGAAACGCAGGUAUUGACGUUAAGCGGUGUUGGAAGAGUAUUUAAUACCAAAAGACAAUUAUUGCAAAUGUUGGGCGAUUUUCCUAGAGCUUGGUCUCUUUUAUUAGAAUUUAUAGAAAAUUCUGCGCUUAGUAAAAAUAACGAGGUAUCAUUGGCAGCUUUAAAAUCAUUUCAAGAGAUUUUAUAUCUCCAAAAAGGAAGUGACAAUAACGAAGUGAUUCAGUCAAACGAUUCCGAAGCAUUAUGGAUUGUUGCAUGGCGUGUAUGGCUUAAUAUUGGAAUGGAAAGUACAACGCCACCUCAGGAAGGAGAAGCAGAACCUUAUGUACCGUCACAAGCGUUUUUAACAGCAUUAGUUCAUAUAUUCCCAGCUGUUUUUCAACACAUCAGAAACAAAUUCACUGGUCCCGAUUUGCAAAAACUCUGCAUCGUAUUAAAAAAUGCAGUUGCAGUUCCAGUACAUGGCGAAUCAACGCCAUAUAUUUUACCUACAAUGCCAGACGUAGUCCUUACUCAUUUACAAGAUGGUGUACUCCAUUCAAUGGAACUUCUACAAAAAGAAGCGCUAAAUGGACCCGAUAAUUUGCGAACAAUGAUUGUUUUAAUAUUCCUUCAACUUCUGAGUUUUUCAAAGCUGGCUUGUGAAGCCCCCACUUAUGGUAAAAUUCCAACGAAACACAUCUCCCAAAUCAGAGGUGUAUCUGCUGAUUGGGUAACUAUGAAUUAUGUUCCUUUUGGAGAGAAAGCCUUAUCGAUGGUUGUAACAUUAUAUCAAAAGACAGCACAUGAAAUGGCAGUCAUAGAUGGACAAGUUCUAAGACAUAUUAUUGAAGCGUUACACGUGCCUUUGUCAAUGAAGUAUGCUUGCCCGUCACCAACGACUUGGAAAUUAGCUGUUACUAGUUUGCUUGCUGUUUUACAUACUGGCUUACCUUUAGCGAGAAAGUACCCAGAACAAUUUCAAAGUAUGUGGCCGGAACUAGCGAGUACUUUAGAUGAUUUUCUAUUUCCGAAAAGCAUAUUAAAUGUAGAACGAGGUGUCGAGGAAAUUCAAGCGGAUGAAGCUGUAGAUUGUCAAGUCAUGGAACUUUUACGAGACGAAGUUUUGCCACAUUCUCAACACAUACCUCAUCAAUUUAUUUUACGAGUAGUUAUGUUAUUAAACAAAGGCUCUAUACACUCUGCAACUACGACAAAUAUUGAAAAUAGUGGGGAGACUAAAUUAAGAGAGGAAUUUGCAAAGACAUGCUUUGAAACGUUACUUCAGUUUUCUUUAUUGGAUGGACUAAAUAAUGAGUCGGAUCAUGAUACAACCAAAAAUCCUGAAAAUGAUGAGGGAGGUGUUGCUGGGCGGUUAGCAGUCACUGCACUCCUUCAUAGGUUUCAAGAAGUUUUGCGACGAUACAUUGAAAACGAAAGGCGAAGUGGAAAAUGUCCAUUACCUAGGUACAGAUUAUCAGAAAUUUCAUUUGUUUUGAAAGCUGUUGCAACACUUGUAGUUUCUCUGAAAAAAGCACCACCCAAUAAAGUCGAAAGAUCAGUUUGGGAACAAUUGAUUGGACUGUAUCCUUGUCUAGUUGAAUGCACAAUAGCUACGGCUUCAGGCCAGGUAUCAAGAUCGUUACGAGAAGCUUUACUUCAAUACCAUGAUUUAUUGAGACCACCACUUCAUAGUACCACAACAUCUAAUGGUGUUUGACCAUUGCAUUCUUUACUCCUAACUCGAAAUAAUAAUGUUUGCUACACAACCAAGUAGUAAACUUUUUAUAACUACGGCUACAUGUGCAAUAAAUUUUGUCAUGAAAUUUUUACUUCCGUGUACACGUGCAAGAUAAAGAGUCUAAGGUGAAGUAUCCUUAAAAAUCUUUAUUUAUUUAAUUAUGUAUCGAGAAAUGAAUCAGACAAAUCUUAGAAGUUUUUCAUUAGCAUACAAUACAACAAAGGUAAAAAACAUUUAUCAUCUUUAUCUUUAUGGUAUAAAUAUCUUAAUUUAAAUGUGUAAAUUGCAAUAGAUUUUUAUAUAGAGAUACAUUUAAAAAAUAUGUUAACAUUUGAUGUGUUAACAAUCAUUUCAGUUAUAUAUUUGACAUUAUUUUAAAAACUUCCAUUCUUUGAUUUGUACGAAAACGACCACAGAAUUCUUUUUUUUUAUUCAAUUUAUUAUUGUAAAAUCUUAAACUAACAAAGAACUGCUAUAUACAUGACAUAACAUUUAUAAAUAGUUGCGUAUAAUUUUUAGUUCAUUCAGCAUUAUUGUCUAUAAUGAACAAAAACAAAAGUAAUAUAAUGUGGUCUCUUAUAUUUGAAUGAAAUAUAGCAUAUAAAAAUGUAGUCUUAGGAAGUCGAAGCAAGUAUACAAAAAUUAUGUUAAAUAUGUAUUUGUUUAAGCGCAAAUUGAUGAACUAUGAAUUAUAUAUAUAUAUAUAUAUAUAUAUAUAUAUACACACACACAUGCCAUGCUGCUGUACAUAGUUGAUGUACAACUUGGCUUUUCUAAUACAUAUUGUAAAUAUUAAAUUAAUUGCGAUUAGAGCAUAUAGUAAGAUUUUAUAAAUAAUAUGAAAUUAUCAUUCGCUAUUCUUACAAUGAUAUGAUAUUAAAAAACUAUGAUACAAUGAUGUAAAUAGCCAUACAAAAAUUCAAUAAAAGUCUGAAAUAUU